CCCGUCUCUUCGCUAUCUCCCCAACCCCCAUUGUCGAAUACAUGUAUUGCCAGAUGCCCGCCAGCUGGCAGAAGUGCCAACUCCAAAACACGGUCACCUGGCCGUCACUUUCACAACACAAAAACAAAAACCGAAUUAGGGCUUUCAAUUCUUUCCAAUUCCAUCAGUCACCUGCUCCCAGGCACUGCGUCUCCUGCUGCUCUCGCACCUCUCUCCAGCUGCCAGCUUUCUGCCAACCUUUACAGGUGCGAGCCGCGUUACCAAAGCCUGCCAGUUGCAAGCUGCGUACCACCUGCAAACCAGCUGUCAGUCGGCUCUUGCCACCUUUUCUUUAUUCAAUUGCUUCCUCUCGCAGCUUCAUCAUGAUGUCGCAUGUGAAAAAGACGGGAUCAACCAGCAGAUACCCUCCCCUUGGUGGUUCACGCAGUCCUUCCCCUACCCUUGGAUCAAACCAUGUCACCCCAUACGAUCCCCCAGAGCUUCCUAAUUUUAAUCGGAGUCUGCCAACACCUCGAAUGGCUUUGUUCGAUGGCAAUAACCCCUUCAUGAACCGUGGGCAGCUGCCUACUACCAUACGACCCUCGUCGACCAUGUACAGUGCCCGCCAGUCCUUCGGUGCCGCUAGGUCUACCUUCAUCGGCCCGUCAUCACCUGCAAAUGAAAGCAAUGAUGGUGAUGUCAAUGGCAAUGUCAGCUCCAAUCGAGCAAUCGGGAUGGCUCGCCCUGUCCAUCCGGACCGUAACCUCAAGUCUUUGCCCAACGCGGUAGAGGUCGCUAUUGAAUCCUAUGGGCCGCAUAUCAACCUUGAUAGUGCUCUCUGCCGCAAGGUCCUCGAUGGCCCGGCUCAUCGGAUUCCCAUUCAACGGCGGAAAGAUCGACACCUAAACACCGCUAGGCGCAGCAACGGCGAGGCCCUUUUGGCUUACAUCACGGGCACACCAGCGCCUCGUCCAUGCAAAAGCUGUUCAAAGGGUUAUGGUCCGUGGAAGGAAUGUAUCAUCUUUGAGGGUCAACUUUACGGAAGCUGCGCCAACUGUUGGUUCAAUGCCAGUGGUGCGCGUUGUACAUUUCACGACAGUCGCACCCACCGACCUACGCGUGAUUAUGAGUAUGAUCCUGAGUUGUUAGCAGCUGCCAAUACUCCCGGACUGUCAUUCAAUAGUGCAACAACUCUAAGCUCGCCAAACCUCUCCAACCUCGGCCUCCCUAGCGGCCAGGAACCACUGCCGUCCAUGGCUAAUGCUCACGCGCAGUCCGGUGAGCUUCAGAGCAAUACCGCUAUCAAAGACCGCAACAUUUGUCUUCUUGAAUAUACAAGUCAGGCGCUUUCCAACUCUAUCGACAAUGUCACUUGUCUCCCUACCGAGGAGCGGUACGUUGCUCGCGUCGAAGUGGCCCUUGAAGAGCUCAACGAGAGGCUGAAGGAAUGGGCAGACUUUGUCGGUCUUCGCAACACGAUGAUCCGUUCCAAGAACCCAAAUUUCCCUUCCUACGAAAUGACCCACGCCCAUCCUGGAGCCAUGCAGCCCCGACAGAGAGUACGGGUGACCAGGGUGAGAGAUGCAGAGAACGCCGUGGAUCCCCAGAUUCUACAGACUGCUACGGUUUAUAAACCAGAGCCUUCGCCUGUAGCCUCUUCCACUAACUCGCCUGAUUCUUCCAUGGCAUCUGUGGAAUCCUCUGCUGCGCAAGACCACGACGCUGAGAAUGAUGGUGAUGAAGACGGGGACGCACCAAUGGCUUGAUGCGCUUCCGUGGCGAAUAUGCAAGCCAAAGCUAUUACGUCUAGCUUUAGCAAGUCGAAUGAAUGAUUUCGAGUCGCUUAUGAGGAAUGAUUAACGGUGUGCCAUGAGAUAUGAAAUGUAACACUAGAGAGUAUAACGGAUUUGCUGAUUUUCAAAUGGUAGCAUAGUAAUGCAACAUGCACUUGGCUUUAAUGCAGAGCGAGAGACAGAGAGCAGACAUGUUUAAACAAAAGUAAAUGAU